CAGUCAUAGUUAGAGUGUUUGCUGCAACUUUGUGGGUGAAUGCCCCAGACAAUCAUUAACUGGUUGUGAAGUUAACUGAGGAUCAUCGCUCCGUUUUGUCCCACAGGAUUGUAAAAUGUGUGCGAAAUAUCUUGGAUUUGUUCUCCUGGUUUGGUUUCCAGGUGUGCUGCACGCACAAAGUGCGCCCCAGUCUUGUUCUGCUCCCAUUCUGAAUGGCGGUUAUUUGGUCCCUGAACAAGAAGAAUAUUCACAUGAAACAAUGCUCAGUUAUGGCUGUGAGAAAGGACUCAAACCAGCAGCGGAGGGUUGGUGGUCGACAAGCACAUGUCAAGAUGGCACCUGGUCUCCUCGACCAGAAUGUAUAGAUAAAGAAGCCUGCCUUCCACCACACAUUCCCAAUGCAGAAGACAGAGAAAACGAAAGUGGUUGGUAUGCGAACGGACGCACAAUCUCUAUAAAAUGUAACGAAGGAUAUGGAGCCGGAAGCCAAGAAGCCACAUGUGAGAAGGGAGUAUGGAGCUCUGUGCUAGUCUGUGAGAAAAGUUUCACUUCAUGUGAUGCACCUCCUAAAAUCCCACAUGCUGUAAUCAUUACGCAAGGAUACCAGGAGGUGUUUGCUGCAAAUUCAAAACUGGAGUAUGAAUGUGAAGAUGGAUUUACUGUAGAGGUCUCACAAAGAAUCAUCACUUGCAUAAAUGGAAACUGGACUACACUCCCAACGUGCAUUAAACCAGGUGCUGCAGAGGUGGAAAAAGCUGUGGAACCCGCCACGUCAGAUGACAGGAAUCCUGCAAGAGGAGGAUCAUCUGCCAACUCUGGGAUGAACGACAGAGACGGAUCUUUAAAUGCACCAAUCACCACAUGUGGAGAUGUUCCAGUUGUUCCAGACGCUGUUGUUAUUGAAGAGAAGCGAACGUUUGUGAGAUACAGAUGUAGUGUCUUUUACACACAAGUUGGUCCAGAGCUUGUGUACUGUAACAGUAAUGGAAGAUGGACACAGCUUCCCACCUGUCAAGUGAGAGAGAGAUUUUGUGAAGUGGAUCCUGCUCGAUAUCAGGGAAUAGCUCUAGCUAUAUCUGAAGUUGUACGUAUAACAGAAGGACAACAGAUGGAUAUUCCGUGUUAUUGGUCUGGUACCUUCAGCCGUUUUGAGUGUCAUAAUGAACAAAUUCGUUAUACCCAGUGUUAUCGUCAGUAGGGAUUUCCUGAAGCCCAGCAGAAGAAACCACGCUCGACCGACAACUAAAGCUGGGAGCUUUUGAAAAAAAAAUCACACCAUUUAUUUGUGUUGAUUCAUUUUAAUAGAAAAUAAAAACACACAAUGUUGGAGCUGAUUGUUUUUUAACAGUCAGCUUGUCUCUUGGUUGGAACUCUUUUUUGAAUAAAAUAAAGUUGAUGAUCUAUUGUAGUCAAAUAAAAUGUUCACUGUAAAAAUCUA